AUGAAUUUAUUCACGCCCAACGGAGCUACUAGGCUUGCGGGUGGAAGCAGUCCGAGAGAGGGUCGUGUGGAGAUCUACAACGGCGGGCAAUGGGGCACGGUUUGCGAUGACUAUUUCACCGAUAGGGAGGCUUCAGUGGUUUGCCGGGAGCUGGGGUAUGCGGGCGGUGGUACUGCGUUGCCACAGUAUGGCGGUGGCACCGGCCCCAUUCUCAUGGAUGACGUGUCUUGUUCUGCCUCCCCGACACCAGCCCGGCUGUACCAGUGCUCCUUCAGGGGCUGGGGUGUUAACAACUGCGACCACAGCGAGGUUAAUACCUCCAUCUGCUGUGCUCCCGCUAUAUUCUUGAUAUCAUGGCAGGUCGUAACAAAUGGUCGUGUGGAGGUCUACAACGGUGUGCAAUGGGGCACGGUUUGUGAUGACGAAUUUAGCGACAGAGAAGCAUCAGUGGUCUGCCGAGAGCUUGGAUAUGCCUCGGGAGGUACUGCAGUUUGGAACUGGGGCGGUGGAUCCGGACCCAUCCUCAUGGACAAUGUGGUCUGUCCUUCUAACCCGACGCCAGCUCGCUUGUACCAAUGCAAUUUCAAUGGCUGGGGUUUUCACGAUUGCGAUCACAACGAGGUUGGUACCCGUACGUAG